CCCAUCUGCGUAUUGUUUGCUUCAAUUUUUUUCAAUACACAACUUUUGACUUUUUGGCAACAUAAUCUUACCGAUCUUGCACUGGUUUGUCAUACGCGAUAGAUUGUGGGUAUUCGCCGCCUCUCGUAGUCCCUUUAUCAAUUGACAUCCAGUAAUUGUAUACUCGUGAUUGAAGAAUGGUGAAUCUUUUAUUUUCCGUUGUGAUAUUCUGCACAUUUCUUCCUGGACAGGCUGUCAUCCGGGACACCGAAUAUGGAAAGGUUGAAGGAACCAAUUUUACUUUACACAAUGGUAAAAGUGUUCAAUCCUAUCUGGGAAUUCCUUAUGCCAAACCGCCACUGGGACAACUUAGAUUUAAACAUCCCGUGAAAAACACUCCUUGGCCAUCGACAACGAUCUUGAACGCCACCUAUCCCCGGCCAUCUUGUUGGGGCGUCCCUCUUCAGUGGGUCAGCCACACCGACCCUUUGUAUGACGACUUUAGUGAAGAUUGCCUCACAAUUAACAUCUAUACACCGGGGGAUGCCGAAGUAGGUAAAAAGUACCCUGUGAUGAUAUGGAUUCAUGGGGGUGGUUACACAGGCUCAGGGAACGUACAAUAUCCAGGCCAAUUCCUCGCUGCCGAUGACGUAAUUGUCGUCAUUAUGCAGUACAGACUUGGGCAACUUGGGUUCCUCACGACAGAGGAUGAUAAUGCACCUGGUAACUGUGGCAUAUAUGAUCAGUUGAUGUCCAUGCAGUUUGUCCACGACAACAUAGCUAACUUUGGAGGUGACCCCGACAAAGUGACUCUGUUUGGUCAAAGUGCUGGAGGAGCCAGUGCAGGAUUGCAUACACUAAGUCCACUAAGUGAAGGAUUAUUCCACCAGGUGAUUGCGGAGAGUGGCACUGAUCUAUCACCAUGGGCCUUCGUAGAUCCAGAUGAGCACCCACGGAAUUAUGCAGUCCAAAUGGCAAAUAUAUUAAAUGAGAAUCUCGACUAUGAAUGCCCAACUGACGACACGGCAGCUAUGGUAGAAUGCUUGAGAACAGUGGAACCUUAUGAGAUGAUAGUUUCUGGGAUUCUUGAAAUGCAAGAGACGCUAGGGUUCAUCACCCAUAUUUGGGGACCCAGAGUGGACGGGAAAUUUCUGACCGAUAGACCCAUAACAUUAAGAAACGAGGGAAAAUUUAGGAAGAUUCCCGUAAUGACAGGGCAGACCUCCGAGGAUGGUUCCCUCUACCUGGCUGUUGUUGUACCAGAGGCAUCUUCGGGUGGCUUCAACAGAAGCGAAUGGUUUAGAGUGAUUGAUAAACUCUUGAAUCAACUCAGUCCUGCUGGAACCGACAUUGAGCCAGCUAGAAGGGCGCUUGAUUUCGAAUACUCAAACUGGCCACAUUUAGAUGAUGAACUUGCAAAUCGAGACAGACUUCAAGAAUUGUUUACAGACGUUGGCUUUGGCAUCGGGAACGAUCUGUAUGCCAAGAGUCACUCGGAAUACAACGAUACAUAUCAAUAUGUGAUGGGCUACAAAAGCUCAAGCCUCACAGAAGACGACAUUCCAGCUUGGAUGGGAGCAACACACAAUGCAGAUCUUCCUUAUGUGCUUGGCUGGCCAUUUAUCAACAAAAACCCAACAGUCAAAUACCAACUGAAGGGAAUGGAAGAUAUAUUUCAAUAUAACCAAAAGGAUGAAAUCAUUUCUGAACGGGUCAUGAAAAUGUGGAGCAACUUUGCAAAAUAUGGAAACCCCACCCCGCAACCAGUAGCGAAUACAACCUGGCCAAAAUAUGACACCACUGACCACAAGUACCUUUACAUUGGAGACGAUAACGAGAUAAGGAAGGAGUAUAACCAGCAUAGGAUCGCCUUCUGGACACACUAUGUCCCUUGGAUUUUAAAAGGCUUAAGUGUUCCUGCUAACACGACCACCAUGCAACCCACCAGAUCUACCCAAGCUCCUAAGGUCACUGAUAAGACAGAACCAGCUGCUCCGGUGUGUACAACGCCCGCUACACCAGAUCCAAACACUGUCGGUGCACAACCCACAGCCUCGGGGCAACAACAAACGGGCGAGCUAAUCAAACAGGGAGAAGUAUACCGUGUAGCAACCAUAGCGCUCGCAGUAACGUGUGGAGUCCUGCUUCUGGGGAUAUUAGCGUUACUUUGGAAACGACCUGUUUUAAAUGUGGAUAAGAACGACUCAGACGAGGAAGCAAAUAAUUAUCAGUUGAAUCCCAUACCAGUAAAGACCGGGUGAAGAAUGAUUUGAUAAUCUAUUGUCCCAUGACGUACCUAGAUCUAAUUUCAAUAAACAGGCAACGCGUAUUCAGUCCAAGUAUUAUUUUGUAAUGUAUAACAGGCAAUACUGGGCAUACCAUAAAGACUGUGUCCUGAUUAUGCUGAUAAGUAUGGAACAUAAUCAAAGGAAAGUUUUUAGGCUUUGAAAAUAAAUUUUAAGACAACUUCAUUUUUUAAUGAUAUGUUUUAUUAUAACAAUGCUUUUAUUAUUUUGUAUUGAUUAUUAUUUAAUUGUACUAACAAAUAAGAUAUUCAUGCAGGUAUAGUUAAAUGGAUGUUUCUUUUGAGCAACAAUAAAUAUCCAUCUGAAAAAUGUGUCCAAUACAAUUAUGAUUUAGGAUCUGUAUUUUCUUAGUUCUUUUCUGGUAUCUGAAUUUUGCUGUGGAUAUCAUGUGUAUGUUAUAUUUCACUAACAGUACAAGACGUUCGAAAGAGAAUUCCUUAGCCCGUCUCUUCGUCAAGGCAAGCAUGUGUUUUGAUUAAUAGUGGCGACGGCAGAUUUUGUAUGUACUGUCGUCGUUGACGUGGCAGAAAUCUACGCCGUAUGUCUGGUACUUGUGGCGGUAAUAGUAGCCCAUGAAGUAGCUCCCGUAUGCGGGACAGUGAUGGCGGUAGGAGUCUCCGUUGUAAGAACCCAGGGCGCAAUUGAAGAUGAAUGUACGGCCACUUGAGCAUUGGAUGAAUGUGCACCUGGGGUCUACUUUGUUGCACAGGCCAGGAUUGGCGUACUGACCAUCUGGUUGGUCAGUGCAGAAGUCUGUGUCUGUCUUCUCUGUAAUCAAAACAAUUUCAGCAUUUUAAAAUGAAGUAGGCAAACUGCAUCAUUAACAUAGAUUUUCUCAUAUGUCUAACUC